AAAAACCAAAGGCAGUACCUUGUUUUGUUUUGUUGAACAGAACCUGAUUGAUUAACAAGGGAAACAAAUGACUCGGGCGUCCAAAAGAAAAUCUGAUGUUCAAAAUUCUUUACCUGCCAAAAGCGCCCGCGCGGAUUCUAUUCAUUCUGCAUCAAGUAAAGUUUCGGCGAAGGGGUAUCAACGUAUAGAUGAAUUUUUCAACAAAUAUGCUGAUAAAACGUCAGGAAUGAUUGAGCCAGAAGGGAUCGAGGCACUAUGUUCGGAUCUUGAGGUGGAUUACACUGAUAUCAAGAUUUUGAUUCUUGCUUGGAAAAUGAACGCCCAAAAGCAGGGAUAUUUUACUCAGGAUGAGUGGAGAAGAGGCUUGAAAGCUCUUCGAGUUGAUAAUAUUAAUAAAUUGAAGAAAUCACUGCCAGAAUUGAAGAAAGAGGCCUUGAAGUCAGUAAACUUUGAAGAUUUCUAUUUGUUUGCCUUUCGCUACUGUUUAACAGAGGAAAAACAGAAAUGUUUAGAUAUUGAGAGCACCUGCAUAUUGAUUGAUCUGGUAUUAGGGUUUCAAUAUCCGGCACAAGUUGAUUCAUUCAUCCAAUUUCUUAAGAUAAGCUUUCCGGACCUUCGAAAUUAUGAUACAUGCGAAGCUUGGCCUUUACUUCUCGAUAAUUUUGUCGACUGGCUUAAAAAGGAGGCAGUGUAAUUUCAGAAGCUCCAUCCUUAUUGAUAAGGGUACAGAUACUUUCUCGAACGGGCAUACUUUGAAAAGGAGUAUAGUUCACAGUCUAUCGGUAUUUGUGGAUUAUCAACAGAUCAUUAUACAUCAAUUCUUUUGGAUUUUUUGGAAUAAAUGAGAAUACAAGUAAUGGAUUGAAUUAUCUGUUUUUAUCUUCCAUCUUCUACUUUUCUUUAUUAUAUUGAAUUCGGAAAUGAUAGUCUAUAAUCUUCGUCGUCUAGGAUUUGUCUAGCUGACAAUUGAAUGGCCAAUGAAUCAGUUUGCCUGAUUAACAUUAAAAAAAUUUGGAUAAAAG